AUGGCUGACGCUCCUCGUGGACGUGGAGGAUUUGGCUCCCGCGGUGACCGUGGUGGUGACCGUGGCCGUGGUCGUGGCCGCCGUGGUCGUCGUGGUGGAAAGCAGGAGGAGAAGGAAUGGCAGCCCGUCACCAAGCUCGGCCGUCUCGUCAAGGCCGGCAAGAUCACCAGCAUGGAGCAGAUCUACCUGCACUCCCUGCCUGUGAAGGAGUACCAGAUUGUGGACUUCUUCCUCCCCAAGCUCAAGGAUGAGGUUAUGAAGAUCAAGCCCGUCCAGAAGCAGACCCGUGCUGGUCAGCGUACCCGCUUCAAGGCCGUCGUUGUCAUCGGUGACUCCGAGGGCCACAUUGGUCUCGGUAUCAAGACCUCCAAGGAAGUCGCUACUGCCAUCCGUGCCGCCAUCAUCAUCGCCAAGCUGAGCGUUCUCCCCGUCCGUCGCGGUUACUGGGGUACCAACCUCGGUGAGCCUCACUCUCUGCCCGUCAAGCAGAGCGCCAAGUGUGGUUCCGUCUCCGUCAGACUUAUCCCCGCUCCCCGUGGUACCGGUCUCGUUGCCUCCCCCGCCGUCAAGCGUCUGCUCCAGCUCGCCGGUGUCCAGGACGCCUACACCUGCUCUUCCGGCUCCACCAAGACCCUCGAGAACACCCUCAAGGCUACCUUCCUUGCCGUCGUCAACACCUACGGCUUCCUCACCCCCAACCUUUGGAAGGAGACUAAGCUCAUCCGCAGCCCUCUGGAGGAGUUCGGUGACGUUCUGCGCCAGGGCAAGAAGUACUAA